AUGUCCAGUAAUACAUCAUCGUCCCAGGCUACGGCUUCACAACCUCAGCCAGUAUCUAUGACUGGUGAACAGUCACCCGGCCCUGCAUACCACCCGUCUACCUCCCCCUCGAUAUCAAGCGCAUCGUCCUCAUCCUCCUCCGAAUCCGAAUCCUCCUCUCAACUACAAUCGUCACGACAUAAUUUCCGGCGAUCACGAAUGGACAGACCAAGAUUGGGAGAUCGCCAAAGGUCAAAUACCAUCAUAGUGCCUAAGGGUCGCGACGUAGUCCAAACAGAAAAACGAGCUUAUCCCCCGGAUGAUGCACGAGCCAUGAGUCCUCGACGGAACAGCGAAGAUAUCGAGCGAUUGGAGCGUGGUGUUCGAGAAUCUCUCAAAGAACAAGCCCGAAAUCUCCAGUCCUCGCUCGCCGCAUUGGCAGAGAAAAUCGAUGAAGUAAAGUCCGACCAUGAUAAACUAGAGAACGAAAACCGUUUUCUCCAAGACUACAUUGGUGGUCUGACCCGAACCAUGUCGAAAGACAAUCUUGGUCGAAGUGCCAGCACGAGUGGGAAGAAGGGCAGGCGAUGA